AUGAGACUCAACGCCGCUGUGACGUGCGGCCUCCUCUCGCUGCCUGCAGUAACUGCAUGGGGAAGCCUGGGACACAUCACCACCGCGUACAUUGCCAGCAACUUCAUCGCGAAUUCCACCGAGGUCUACCUUAAGGAGCUCCUGCAGCGCACCGACGACGACUACCUGGCCUCGAUCGCCAGCUGGGCAGACUCCAUCCGGUACACCAAAUGGGGCCGCUUCACCAGCACCUUCCACUUCAUCGACGCGCACGACCAGCCGCCGCACGCGUGCAACGUCGACCUCGAGCGCGACUGCAAGCAGACCGGCUGCGUAGUGUCCUCGCUGACCAAUUACACGACCCAGGCCUACGACCGCGCGCUGCCCGCCUGGCGCCGCGCCCAGGCCGCCAAGUUCGUCGUCCACUUCGUCGGCGACCUGCACCAGCCGCUGCACAACGAGGACGUGGCCCGCGGCGGCAACGGCAUCUACGUCCGCUGGGCCGGCGCGGAACGCAACCUGCACUUUGUCUGGGACACGGCCAUCCUGGAGCGCUGGCUCGGGGGGUCGGGCCGCGGCAAGAGGGCGUACGUGCUGGGGCGCCGGUGGGCGGAGCAGCUGACGGCGGAGAUUGAGACGGGCCGCUGGGCGGAGGAGAGGGAUAGCUGGGUCAAGGGCAUCGACAUGGCGGACACGAAUGGCACGGCGCUGGCGUGGUCGCGCGAGGCCAACGCCAUUGUCUGCUCGCACGUUCUUCCGCAGGGACCGCAGGCAAUUCAUGACCAGGAGCUGAGCGGGCAGUACUACGAGGACGCCGCACCGAUCCUGGAGAAGCAGGUUGCGCUGGCUGGCUAUAGAAUGGCGGCCCUGCUCGACAAGAUUGCCGACGAGUACAACGCGCAGCGGGAGGAUGCCACAAGUGCCGCCGAACUUGAGCUGUAA